AUGUUCAAACAACCACUAUGCAAAGUCCUAUACCGGACUCCCCUAACGAAGCCAACACCGGGAUACCAACGGCCCCUCCAAACCAAAAAGCAACACUCCCUCCCAGCAGCCUACUACCGCGGUGGUACCUCACGCGCAGUAUUCUUCAAAAAAGAAGACCUCCCCACCUCAAAAGAAGACUGGCCCCCAAUCUUCCGCAAUGUAAUCGGCAGUCCAGACCCCUACGGCCGCCAGCUGGACGGGCUCGGCGGUGGGAUAUCCAGUCUAUCGAAGGUGUGCGUGGUAGGCGCGCCGACGCAUGAAGAUGCCGACGUCGAUUAUACAUUCGUUUCUCUCGGGAUCAAGAAUUCCGAUGUCGAUUACUCAAGUAAUUGUGGUAAUAUGAUUAGUGCUGUUGGUCCGUUUGCUGUUGAUGCGCGGUUGUUUCCUGUGCUGGGUGAGAGUGAGAGUGACAGUGACUCGGUGGAGGUACGCAUUCAUAAUACGAAUACUGGCAAGAUUAUUCGGUCUUCGUUCCCCGUUGUUGGGGGUGAGGCUGCUGCUAGUGGUGACUUUGCUAUUGAUGGCGUUGCUGGUACGGCUGCCCGUGUGCAAUUGGAUUUUGUUAAUCCUGCUGGGUCUGUUACGGGGGCUUUGCUGCCUACUGGGAAUGUGACGGAUGUAUUUGACGGGAUCACAGCUACGUGUAUUGAUGUUGGGAAUCCGUGUGUUUUUGUGCGGGCGUCUGAUCUUGGUGUGGAUGGGAAUUUGACUCCCGAUGAGAUUGCUGCUCAUUCGGAUUUGCUACCGCGUUUGGAUUCUAUUCGGCGGCAGGCGGGCGUUAACAUGGGUAUUGCGGGUGAGGUUUCGAGUGUGCCCGGCAGUGUGCCUAAGAUUUGUAUAGUGGCGGCGCCCUCUGCUACGGAUGCUCGGGAUGUGGAGCAGAAGCAGACAUCUGCUGAUGUUGAUCUUCUUGCUCGUGCUCUUUCUGUAGGGCAGCCGCAUAAGGCUGUCCCUAUUACUGUUGCUUUGGCUCUUGCUGCUGCUGCUCGUGUACCUGGGAGUACAGUUGCUGGGGUUGUGGAUAAGGAUCCUGUUGACAGGGCUGGUAUUACGAUUGGUCAUGCCAGUGGGAAUCUGCUGGUGGGCGCUGAUUUUGAUGCUGACGGAGCCUUGACUUCUGCUACGGUCUUUCGUACAGCCCGUCGUCUGUUCGAGGGGAAGAUAUAUUGGAAGAAUGAUUCUUGA